CAAACAUGGCGGAGAGGAGCAAGACGGCAGAGCCGGGUAGUGACCUAGGAAGUGAUGAUAUCAUAGCAGGGAAUGUAAGCAAAUAUGCCGUUCUCCCAGCUGGUUACUAUGGACAGCCUAAAAAAGGACAUCUUAUAUUUGAUGCCUGUUUUGAAAGUGGUAACCUUGGACGUGUGGAUCAUAUCACAGAGUUUGAGUAUGACCUGUUCAUUAGGCCGGAUACCUGUAACCCACGCUUUCGAGUUUGGUUCAACUUCACUGUUGAAAAUGUGAAAGAGUCACAGAGGGUAAUUUUCAACAUUGUCAACUUCAGUAAAACAAAAAGCCUCUAUCGUGAUGGAAUGACUCCUAUGGUGAAAUCCACAAGCAGACCAAAAUGGCAAAGGCUGCCACCUAAAAAUGUAUAUUACUAUCGUUGCCCAGACCACAGAAAGAACUAUGUCAUGUCAUUUGCUUUCUGCUUUGACCGAGAGGAUGACAUUUACCAAUUUGCCUACUGCUACCCGUACACAUAUACUCGGCUCCGACACUAUCUCGACACCUUACAAAGGAGGAACAUGGACUACUUUUACAGAGAAUUGCUGGGACUCAGUGUGCAAGAACGGCAACUUGACCUGCUGACUAUAACCAACCCUGUAAACCUGCGGUCUGGAGCUGAGCAGAAAGUGGUGUUCAUCACUGCCCGUGUCCACCCUGGAGAAACUCCCUCAUCCUUUGUAUGCCAAGGUAUAAUUGACUUCCUCGUGAGCCAACAUCCCAUAGCCAAAGUAUUGCGAGAUCACUUGGUCUUCAAGAUAGCUCCAAUGCUUAAUCCAGAUGGGGUAUAUCUAGGAAACUACAGGUGCUCCUUGAUGGGGUUUGAUUUAAACCGGCACUGGGUGGAUCCGUCUCCCUGGGCUCAUCCCACACUGCAUGGAGUAAAACAGCUCAUUGUUCAGAUGUACAACAAUCCGAAAAUUAGCCUGGAGUUCUAUAUUGACAUCCAUGCCCACUCCACCAUGAUGAAUGGCUUCAUGUAUGGGAACAUCUUUGAAGAGGAAGAACGAUUUCAGAGACAGGCUAUUUUCCCGAAGCUACUCUGUCAGAAUGCUGAAGAUUUCUCGUUUUCUAGCACGUCCUUCAACCGUGAUGCUGUGAAGGCAGGGACAGGACGACGCUUCCUCGGCGGCUUAUUGGACCAUUCUUCUUAUUGCUAUACUCUGGAAGUCUCAUUCUACAGCUACAUCCUUGGAGGAACUACUUCUACUGUCCCCUAUACAGAAGAAGCCUAUAUGAAGUUAGGGAGAAAUGUGGCCAGAACAUUCUCGGAUUACUACCGGCUAAACACCAUAUCAGAGAGACCACUGGCACCUAUCCCCAGCACGCGGAAAGAAAAAAUGCCCCCCUUUAAAUGUGCCACCCAGCGGGGCCCAGGGAAUAGCCACCCAGGCCGCAAGCUACAGAAGAGAAGCCAGACGAACCCUACGGAGCUCUCUCACUCGUCAUAAGGACAUUGGGAAGCAGGCAUUGCAGAAGUGGAGUUGGAUCAGCCCCUUGGGGGGUUGAAAUUGGUCUUUCUUGUCCCCCCAGAUAAGUAAAAUAACAAAUAGUCGGGGUGGGGUGGGGGGGAGGCGAAAUCAGCUAGAAAUGUUACUCUUGAUUUUCUUUUUACCAAUGGUAAAUCAGUUCCAGGUCUUUUGGCGCAGCUCUGAAAAAUGUGAACAGAUUGAUUCACAAAAAUCAUUAAUGUCAGCUGAAGAGCCAUUAGUUACAAAGCGCGGGGGGGGGGGACCCCAAACCUCUCCCCCUCUCUGUCUUUAAAGGAGUCGUUGAUUCACUAAGCAAACAAUUCAAAGCCCCCCAUCACCCAGUGCAAUGUCUACCCCUUUAGUGUAAAAUUCAGAAGGGUUUAUGCAAGUCUCAUGUGCUAUUGAGAUACCGUGUGCUAUCGUGUAUAGCAAUAGCCCCUGGGGGUAAGCAGGCAUGCUCCCGUGUACCCAGCUUUGUGCCAUCCUUCAUUUCCUGGCACAUAGUUUUGCUCUUCCAUCAGCUCUUGUCAUGAGAGACUCCUGUAGCACUGUUAAUUGCGAGAGACGCAUGCACACCAAUGUGUGUGAUGGUUCUCGCUCACAGAGCCUGAGCUGAGCUGUGAUGGGGGAGGAUGUGUGGUGCCCAGGUAGGACCCUUGGGUGUCAUUAUUGUGCCUGCAGAAGCCGGUUCCAGGCAUUACACUCCCCAGCAGCCCAGGCUAGACCUGUAUAAGAGGCAUAGCCUGUGUUCCCCAAGCAGUUUCUGGGUAAUGGGCAGGAAUACGCCCAGACCUGCCCCCAGUGCAAUGCAAACUGUUGGCAGCAUUGAUUGGCCUCCCCCUCUUGGUUACUUCAUGACGGGGCUGAGGAGCAAAGCAUAGGGGGGACCCCCUGACUCUUCUUCCCCCACCUCCACAAGCUAGUCUGGCCCAUAGUAUCUACACGCAUUGAAACUUGUGCUAAAAGCCAUCUCCAGCGCGCAGCCUCCUCCCCAGGCCUCAUGUGACCGACCUGAAGUGUCCCUCUGCUUUCCAGGGAAAGCGAGUUGAAACCUGAUCACUGUUCCCUUGUGGGAUCACCUUCUGCAGGUUCUAUGGGGUUAGUGAUGGGCUCAAGCUCUCCAUUCCCGAACCCUGGGGAAGUUUAGAUCUGGAUCUUAGGGCCAGAUUCUCAGCGGCUGAUCCCCGAUCCUGGGCCGGCCACGGCGCUGAAAAGGCCCUAUGCAAAACUGAAAGCAGCUUUAGUUCGUUACACUGGCUGCAGUUGUGUCACAUGGACAUGCAGCAGCUGGGCAUCUGGCAAAGCAUCGGGCACUCCGCCUCCCUCUGAAUAUCCUCAUCCUGUCCCCAACAUGCCCCUGUCUGGUGAGUGUACAUGGCUCUCCGUGGCAAGAGGAUUCCCCUCUCUUAGGAGAAUGCUUGGCUGGCCCAUUAGGGCAGCUUUCCACUUGCUUUGCACUGACAAGGAAGCCCAGAGCAGGCAGGGUCGGGGCAGAAGAUACGGCUUCGAGUUCUGCGGCUCGGGUACAGGUCUCACCCACAGCUAUACGGCGAUGUUUGAAUAUACAGCCAAACCUACAGCCUGUGCAUCAGUUGUGUCAUCCCCCCACACACACACACACUCACACACAGCCUCAUGGUGGGGGUAAAUGAGGGCAGAAUAUGGCCCUGUUUGGAUCUGAAAAAGAAGAAAGUCCCAAGAAAGCGACAAAACUGUAAAUGCACAGAUGUUGUCAAAUACAAUCCAUCAACCUGAUUUUUUUUAAUCUCUGGGAAGGGGAGAGACGGGAGAAUAGGAAACAAGUUGAGAACAAGAAAUAAGAUGACCCACGGGAAGGAAAAUGAUAAAAACAAACUCAAUAUUGUCAGCAUUUCAAGGUUACAGGGUUAAACUGUGUGCAUUUUUAAGGAGGGUGAAAUGCCUUAAUAUGAUGAAUACCAAUGCAUCUAAAAGGCACAGUGCUGCUUUCCUGGCUCUAUAAGCAGAGUAAUGAAGAGUGGGUGACAGCAUGAUAAUUAAAAUGACCUCUUGGAGAUAUGGAUUAGAAGGCACGCAGAGCGGGGAUAACUUGUCCUUUGAAUUAAUCUAGUGUUAAUUUAUUACUAUAGUUGGAUUUUAUAAGGUUUUAGUGGAAGACUUUCAAAGUUGGUUUACUUGGAGGAAAAAAAAAAGUUCCCUUUGCAUAUUGAUUGAAACAAAACAGUUGCAGAAUUCCUUGGUGUUUCUUUCUGAAUGGCUCCAUGUAUCUAGGAUUUCAGGAUAUUCUAGGAUAUUCGUUGGAGAAGCUACUCUGGAAAGAAUGAAUAAAGUGAUAAAUGCAACAAC